CAUGUGCAAGAUACAUGUAGAUGCAAGAUUGAUUGGGAAAGGUCAGAUGUUGAUCUCGAAAUGCUAUGUCGUCAUGAAGUGUACUUCAGAGAUAUAUUGAAGGACCAUUUUGAUAGUUUCAGCCCAACACAUGAUGGCUGCCAGAAUUUUAGAGUUUUGGAGAGCAAACUCAGCAUAUGCACAUGUUUUUCUGGGUAAUGUUUGGGUUGGCAUCGGAGCUUUUACAUUUUAUAGCAUCGAUGAAAAACGGGAAAACAUCUCGCUCCACCAGAGGUCGGGUAAACCUAUAGAGGUGGACAAGAAAACACUGAGCAUGUCACAGGAGGUUGUCAGUGAGACUAUGAAAUCACACAUAGCUCCAGGAAGAACAGUUCCCUUGUUACGGCCUCCGUAUGUUACCAUCAGUUCAGAAGCAGAGAGUGUAGGUUCCAUACGAACUAGUUUGGGCGGUGCUGUAGGAGUACCAUACUCGUGGCGAUACUCCAACACCGACGACAUUGAGACUGUCGACAUUUCACUUUGCAAGAAAGCUGGCACUGUUUUAGCAAAAUGGGUAAAGCAAUUCCACAAAUAUAUUUAUGGUCUGCCAAAGUCAUCAGAUUACAGUGUUGUUACUGUAGCAGAUGUAUGCUGUGAUGCUGUUAAAACGGAAGAAGAUAUCAAAGCUAUAGAAGACCUUAAAGCAUCCUUGAUAUUAAGUGAAAAGGCGAAGAUAUUCGCAUUUUUGCGUGAAAUUCAGUGUGUGAAUAGUCAUCAUCAGAAUGUUGUAUUGGGAUUAGGUUUACUGUUAUUAACCAUGGGCGGCACUUUUGGAUAUUAUAUACAAAUCCUAUUGCAGAAGAACAAAAGAUUAAAGCCAAAUCUACUGUUACCAAUGGUGGUGUUUGCACAUUUAUUUACUUAUGCUGUGAGUCUGGUAUGGAUUAGGGUUGGCAUGGAUAACUACCUCAGGAUGCGGGAUGCAAGAAUUGACCAAAGCUUUGUUGAAAAAGAAUUAAUAGAAGGUGGAAUCGAAUACUAUGAGAAAUUAAUACAGAAAAAUAUAAGUCUUCGAACACUUCUUGGAUCAGAGGGCGAAAAACUUUAUACUGAGAGAGGGAAUGUGAUCUAUCCAAAUUUGCGACUUCCUCAUCUUCCACUCACUAAGCGAAGAGAUAAUUUAGUUCAACAGGAAACCGAGGUCAUAAGGAUUUGACAAAGCUGAUGUGUAAGCUGUCAAAAUAUUCUAUAUAUUUUUAUGUCACCCCAGACAUACCUUUAUGUAGGGGCAAAAGUGCGUAUCACUGGUAGGUCAAAAAUGUUAAUUAUGAGACUAUGAAAUGUUGCAAUGUCUGUGAUUGCUGAAGUCUUAGUGAAAAUUAAUGUUUUGCAAGAUUUCAAUGUCUUCUGUGUGUUUGAACUGAAAUUGAUCUAUCAUGGGUGAAUGAAGAUUAUUUUGAAAAUGUUUAAGAUGAUCUAAAUGGGGUUAACAAUGAUCUAAAUGGGGUUAACAAUGAUCUAAAUGGGGUUAACAAUGAUCUAAAUGGGGUUAACAAUGAUC